AGACGUUUGUUUCAAUAAAGUUGGUUGAAAGCUUUCUCCGACGUCAGCCAAAAUGGCAGCCAGUGGAGCUGCGGUGUCGGUUUUGGCUCCCAACGGGCGGCGGCAGACAGUGAAAGUGACAGCGGGGAGCGCACUUCUUCAGGUGCUGGAAGAAGUCUGCAAGAAACAGAACUUUAAUCCCAGAGAAUAUAAUCUCAAAUUUCAGAGGACGGUGCUGGAUCUUUCACUGCAGUGGCGAUUUGCCAACCUUCCCAAUAAUGCCAAACUAGAGAUGGUGAGCCGCUCUCAGCAGCGCGCUGGAGCAGAGAGCACGAAAGUUCGAGUAGCAUUGCAGUUGGAAGAAGGGGAAAGGUUACAGGACGAGUUUCUCUGCAGCCAAAGUCUAUGGGAAGUCCUGAGCCAUUUUUCACGGACUAGGGCGUGUGUGGAAGAGAUUGCUCCUGGGAGCGUUGCCGUAUGCAUUUAUAUGCGCGAUGAGGUCUCAGGUGAGCAGUCCUUGAAACAGACAACUCUCCAGUCUUUGGGUCUUACAAGUGGAAGUGCCAUAAUUAGGUUUGUAGUGCGGAAGAAUGAGCCGUCUGAGAACAGGCAGCCUGCCAUACUUCAAGAGGAAACAAAAAAGAAGACUUCUGUCAAGAAGAGUGAGCGAAAAAGUCCUCCAGUAACUGAGAAAGCAGCUGAGAAACCUUCAGCUCCAAGUCAGAAAGAGCAGCAAUGCGGUGUUGAACCCAGUGGAGCUCCUGUGGAGGCAGCGGAUGCCAGGCUACCAUCAGCAGAGUCUACUAACCAAUGUCAUGUGACCGAUGUACCGCCAGAUCUGGAGUGUGAAAAGCCUGGACCUUCCUCUGUAGGCUUCAGUGAAGCUUCUGCUCAGCCUCAGGUGACUUUAUUUAUGCCUUUCCAAGGAGGAGGCUAUCGUCUAGGAGGUGCCAAUGUCCCUACAGAAGCCAACAUGCUAACUGCCACAGCCCAAGAACCUUUUCAGAGUCCAGGCCCUUCUAAGCCAAAGAAAUCCAAGACUGAUGGCGAGCAUAGUGCUACAGGGCCAUUAGACAGAGAGACCCUUGUUUGCCACUUGGAUUUGGAGGGAAGUUCAAGUACCAGUUCCCAAGAGCUUCCAGAUGACUUUUUUGAGGUCACAGUGGAUGAUGUAAGGAGAAGAUUUGCUGAACUCAGAAGUGAAAGGAAGCGGCAUGAAGAAGCUCCUCUAAUGACGAAAGCUCUGAGGGAGGCGCAGCUAAAGGAGAAACUGGAGAGGUAUCCGAGGGUCGUCCUCCGUGUCCUCUUCCCAGACCGCUAUAUCCUGCAGGGCUUUUUCCGUAUAUCAGAAACAAUUGGUGCUGUGCGAGAGUUUGUGUCAAACCACCUGGAAGAAGCUGGGAUCCCGUUCUACCUAUUUAUUACUCCUCCAAGAACUGAGCUGAGUGAUGACGCCCUUACCCUAUUCCAGGCCCAGCUUUUUCCUGCCGCUGUCAUACAUUUUGGCUCAACGGAACAAAGAGAACAUUUCCUGCGGCAUGCCUUGGUGAAUAAACCAACGUCUCCUUCCCAAGCAGAUCUCAUAGUCGCCAGGGCCAUGCCACGUGUCCCGGCUGUGUCUGCAGCACCUGUGAUGGAGGAGCAUCCGGAGGUCAGCGCAGCGCACAGAGCACCAGAGAAUUAUGAGGAGCAGUGUGGGAUCCCUGAUUCUCAUCAGCAAGUUCAAAAGGAUGAGGGCAAAGUACCCAAGUGGCUGAAGCUACCAGGAAAGAAGUGAGAGAUGUUCCUCUUUAAGGGAGCCUGUUGGAGGCACUAAGAUGUCUGGUUACCAGUUAUGUGGUGUUCUUUCUGGAUUUUGGAUUGAUUGAUGAUAGAACUUUGUAAGUUGAACUUCUACUGAUGUGAAUUGAAACCCCACGCGUUUCACACAUUACUUCAGUGGUGCUCAAGUAGCUAGCUACGCACAGGAAAAGUUGUUUGCAUCAUUAAACUGAUUCCAUUAA